UAUAUACAGUUUAAAUACAUUUUUACGGCUGGUCUUCGUCACCGUCGGUCAGAUGAGAAAACCGCCUUCUCUCAGUGAAACCAAACACACACGAGAGAAAAAGAAAAUCCCUAAAAUCCCAAAAAUCCUCUUAUAUAUUCCCCAAAUCUCAAAUUUCCAAAAUCCAUUUCCUGCUUGCUAGGGUUUUCUUGGUUGUUUUGUUUUUUGUUUUUCUUCGAUACCCAACCGAAUAGCGCUCUCUCUCUUUUUCUCUCUGAAGCGCCGAGUUCCAUCUCAAUCGAAGAGCUAUGCGUCGGCGAGACGAGGACGACGACGAUCUGGAGCCGGAGGAGGAAGACGAUGAAGACUAUGGGGAACAGGAGCAAAACCUAGACGACGAGCUUGAGGAAGAGGAGGAGGAGGAAGAUGUGGGCAGAGGCCGCUCCAAAAGUAAGCGGAGGAGAUCGGAAGAAGUCUAUGAGGAUGAAGAAGAAUAUGAGGAUGAAGAUGAUGACUAUGGCGGUGGCGGCAGUAGGAAGCGCCGCAACAAGAGGUCCUCCGGUUCGCAGUUUUUUGAUCUCGAGGCCGAAGUUGAUACUGAUGAUGAAGAGGAGGAGGAUGAAGGCGAAGAUGACUUCAUAGAUGAGAGUGGAGCUGACAUCCCUGAUGAGGAUGUUGGUAGAGGGAUGCAUCGUAGUACAUUGCUUCCACGUGAGGAGGACCAAGAAGAUUAUGAGGCUCUUGAGAGAAGAAUUCAGGCAAGAUAUGCCAAGUCUAGUCACAGAGAAUAUGAUGAGGAAACUACAGACGUAGAUCAGCAAGCUCUAUUGCCAUCUGUUAGGGAUCCAAAGUUUUGGAUGGUUAAAUGUGCGAUUGGUCGUGAGCGAGAGGUUGCGGUUUGCUUGAUGCAAAAGUUCAUUGAUAAAGGAUCUGAAUUGCAAAUCACGUCUGCUUUUGCUCUUGAUCACCUGAAAAAUUAUAUUUAUGUUGAAGCACAUAAAGAAGCCCAUGUUAGAGAGGCUUGCAAAGGCCUGCGCAAUUUGUACACCCAGUCAAUUAAGAUGGUUCCUAUUCGAGAAAUGACUGAUGUUCUUUCAGUUGAAAGCAAAUCAAUAGAUCUUUCGAGGGAUACUUGGGUUAGGAUGAAGAUUGGGACGUAUAAAAGAGAUCUUGCUAAGGUGGUAGAUGUGGAUGAUGUGCGGCAAAGAGUUACUGUGAAAUUAAUUCCAAGAGUUGAUUUACAGGCUCUUGCAAGUAAAUUGGAUGGAAGGGAAGUUGUGAAAAAGAAGGCAUUUGUUCCUCCACCCCGCUUUAUAAAUGCUGAUGAAGUUAGGGAUCUGAAUAUUCGUGUGGAGCGUAGACGAGAUCCAAUGAGUGGUGAUUAUUUUGAUAAUAUUGGUGGAAUGCUCUUUAAAGAUGGUUUCUUAUAUAAAACGGUAUCGAUGAAAUCUAUUAGUACUCAAAAUAUCAAUCCCACUUUUGAUGAACUUGAAAAAUUUCGGAAGCCUGGUGAAAAUGGAGAUGGAGAUAUUGGUAGUCUGUCUACAUUGUUUGCAAACCGGAAAAAGGGGCACUUUAUGAAGGGUGAUGCAGUUAUUGUUGUCAAGGGAGAUCUGAAAAAUUUGAAAGGAUGGGUUGAUAAAGUUGAGGAAGAAAAUGUUCAUAUCAGACCAGAUGGGGAGGGCCUUCCAAAAACUGUUGCCGUAAAUGAAAAAGAGCUUUGCAAGUACUUUGAACCCGGGAACCAUGUGAAAGUUGUCUCUGGUACUCACAAAGGUGCAACUGGUAUGGUCGUUAAGGUUGAGCAGCAUGUGCUUAUAAUUAUAUCCGAUACGACAAAGGAAGAUGUCCGUGUGUUUGCGGAUGAUGUUGUGGAGAGCUCUGAGGUGACAUCUGGCAUUACCAGAAUUGGGGAUUAUGAACUACAUGAUCUUGUCUUACUGGAUAACAAUAGCUUUGGUGUUAUUAUACGUGUAGAAAGUGAAGCAUUUCAGGUGCUUAAGGGAGUGACAGAGAGACCUGAGGUUUCUCUUGUCAGAUUAAGAGAGAUAAAAUGCAAGAUAGAUAAAAAAAAUAGUGUGCAAGAUCGACAUAAGAAUACAAUAUGUGUGAAAGAUGUUGUGAGGAUCGUUGAUGGCCCUUGUAAAGGAAAGCAAGGUCCUGUGGAACACAUAUACAGGGGAGUAUUAUUUAUCUUUGACCGCCAUCAUCUUGAGCAUGCAGGUUUUAUUUGUGCUAAGUCACAAUCUUGUUCUGUGGUGGGAGGAUCUCGUGCCAAUGGUGAUAGAAAUGGUGAUGCUUUUUCACAAUUCAAAACUCCUCGUAUUCCCCCAUCGCCUAGGAGAUUUUCUAGAGGAGGCCCUCCAAUUGACUCUGGUGGGAGGCAUAGAGGUGGAAGAGGGCAUGAUGGUAUGGUUGGUGCUAUAGUAAAAAUUAGCCAGGGUAAUUUUAAGGGCUAUAAAGGCCGCGUUAAAGACAUCAAAGGACAAACUGUACGGAUUGAAUUGGAGUCCCAAAUGAGGGUUGUUACAGUUGAUAGGAAAUGCAUUUCUGACAACUUCAAUACUAGCACUCCAUAUCGUGACACACCUCGAUAUGGUAUGGGAAGUGAGACUCCAAUGCAUCCUUCUAGAACUCCACUACAUCCAUACAUGACCCCCAUGAGAGAUGCUGGAGCUACACCUAUUCAUGAUGGCAUGAGGACGCCCAUGCGUGACAGAGCUUGGAAUCCUUUUGCACCAAUGAGUCCUCCGAGGGACAAUUGGGAGGAUGGAAACCCUGCAUCUUGGGGAGCUAGCCCUCAGUAUCAGCCAGGAAGUCCUCCUUCACGUCCAUAUGAAGCACCAACUCCUGGUUCAGGUUGGGUUAACACACCUGGUGGCAAUUAUAGUGAAGCUGGAACACCAAGGGACAGUGGUUCGGCAUAUGCCAAUGCUCCAAGCCCAUACUUACCAUCAACCCCUGGUGGACAGCCAAUGACGCCAAAUUCAGUAUCUUAUCUUCCAGGAACCCCUGGAGGGCAACCAAUGACACCAGGCACUGGUGGUCUGGAUGUUAUGUCACCUGUCAUAGGUGGAGAUAAUGAAGGGCCGUGGUUCAUGCCAGACGUAUUGGUCAAUGUACGCAGGUCUGGAGAGGAAUCCAUUGUUGGUAUUGUCCGAGAGGUUCUCCAGGAUGGUUCUUGUAGGGUGGUUCUUGGAUUGAGUGGCAAUGGUGAAAUAAUAUCGGCACUUCCUAAUGAAAUGGAGGCAGUGGUACCAAGGAAGGGCGACAAGAUCAAGAUCACGGGUGGUUCUUUACGUGGUGCCACUGGCAAGCUGAUUGGUGUGGAUGGUACUGAUGGAAUUGUAAAAGUAGAUGACACAUAUGAUGUUAAGAUUUUGGACUUGGCUAUAUUGGCCAAAUUAGCUCAGCCAUGAUUAACAUGGUAAUAAAUCGAAUUUUAAGAUGUAUAUUGGUUUAUUUCAUUUGCUAA